AUGAGGAUCCGAAUGAGCAUGAAUGGACUGUAUUUCCUCCAGGGAGUUGCUUUUCUCCUCCUAGGCAUCUUGGCAGAUGAUCAAGAGAGCCCACAGCUCCGCCUGAUGGAAGGGAAUAGUCGCUGUUCUGGAAGAGUGGAGAUCCUUUACCGGGGUACCUGGGGAACCGUCUGUGGUUACAACUGGGACUGGAAGGAUGCCCAAGUGGUGUGCAGACAAUUGGGCUGUGGAGUAGCCCUUGAAGCCAUGUAUGCUGCUCACUUUGGAAAGGGAACAGGGCCCAUCUGGCUGGAUAAUCUCGGUUGCACAGGAUAUGAGUCUCAUGUGUGGAAGUGCUCCUCCCGAGGCUGGGGGAAGCACUACUGCACUCACUGGAAUGAUGCAGGAGUCAUCUGCUCAGAGGCUACUUUUGCCUGCUUCUGGCCCUCCAGGGAUCUCUCUCUUUGCCCCUUGCUGUACCUCGAUGGGAAGGUCGUGCAGACCAUCUCUUGGUUUUCAAAGUCUGACAUGGAAGUGACAGCAGAAACCUCAGGGUGUAUCUUCAAGAAACAGGUUUUUCAAACAUCUGUCAGACGAGAGUCACGAUUUGUGCAUCUGAUUGGAGGAGGUGGACCUUGCUCUGGGCAAGUGGAAGUGAAUUCUGAAGGACACUGGACUCCAGUUUCUAGUGGAAACAUAACGCUCCCCACUGCCCAGGUCAUCUGUGUGGAUCUGGGGUGUGGCAAGGCUGUAUCUGUCCUGGGGGACGUGGCCUUCAGAGACGCUGAAAGUCAGGUCUGGGCUGAAGAGUUCCAAUGUGAGGGGGAUGAGCCUGGACUCUGGUUCUGUCCCAGAGUAUCCUGUCCUGGAGGCCAUUGUCGUAACAGAGCUGUGCAAGUUGUCUGUUCAGGGUACACUGAUGUCCGGCUCCUGAAAAAUGGUACCUCUCACUGUGAGGGACAAGUGGAGGUGAAUAUCUCUGGAGACUGGACAGCGCUGUGUGCCUCCCACUGGAGUAUGGCCAAUGCCAAUGUUGUUUGUCAUCAGCUUGGCUGUGGAGUCGCCAUUUCAACACCAAAAGGAGCGUACUUUGUGGAAAGAGGUGAUAAAAUCUUGAAAGACCAAUUCCAUUGCUCAGGGACUGAGUCCUUCUUGUGGAAUUGCCCUGUGACGGCCCUGGGCAAUCCUGACUGCGCCCACGGAAACACAGCCUCUGUGAUCUGCUCAGGAAACCAGACCCAGCUGUCCCGUCGCCCGGACGCCUUGUCUGAUCCAGUGGGCUCUAAGGCCGCCAACCACUCAGAGAGCCCACAGCUCCGCCUGGUGGGCGGCGGCAGUCGCUGUGCCGGCAGGGUGGAGAUCCUCCACCAGGGCGCCUGGGGCACCGUCUGCGACGACGACUGGGACCUGAGCGAUGCCCACGUGGUGUGCAGGCAGCUGGGCUGCGGAGUGGCGGUCCAAGUCACCGCCUCUGCUCACUUCGGGGAGGGAUCAGGGCUCAUCUGGCUGGACAACGUCAACUGCACCGGAAAUGAGUCCCACGUGUGGAAGUGCCCUUCCGGGGGCUGGGGGCGGCACAACUGCAGGCACAAGGAGGACGCGGGGGUCGUCUGCUCAGAGUUCCUGGCCCUCAGGCUGGUGAGCGAGGAACAGGAGUGUGCUGGGUGGCUGGAGGUUCUCUACAACCACACCUGGGGCAGUGUCUGCCGAAGCCCCAUGGAAGCCGUGACCUUGUCUGUGAUCUGCAGACAGCUGGGUUGCGGGAACAGCGGCACUCUGGACUACUCGGUUGCUGCCCGGGAAGGGUCUAGACCCCAAUGGGUGGAUGGAAUCCAGUGUCGGAGAACUGACACCUCUCUCUGGCAGUGUCCUUCCGACCCUUGGAAACGGAGGUCAUGCUCACCGAAGGAGGAAGCUUACAUCACAUGUGCAGGAAUGAGGCCCAAGAGCUGUCCAGCUGCUGCCCCCUGUACAGACAAAGAGAAGCUUCAACUCAGGGGCGGAGACAGCACAUGCUCGGGACGAGUAGAGGUUUGGCACGCAGGCUCCUGGGGCACCGUGUGUGACGACUCCUGGAGCCUGGCAGAGGCUGAGGUGGUGUGUCAGCAGCUGGGCUGCGGCUCUGCCCUGGACGCCCUGAGCGGGGCUGCAUUUGGCCCCGGCAAUGGAAGCAUCUGGCUGGACGAGGUGCAGUGCGGGGGCAGGGAGUCCUCCCUGUGGGCCUGUGCUGCAGCUCCCUGGGGACAGAGCGACUGCAAGCAUGAGGAAGAUGCUGGCGUGAGGUGUGCAGGUGAAAGGACAACAACAGUUCCUCCCAUCCCCAGAAGCACCAGGGCACGCAGAGCGUCUGUCCCUGGCAAAUUCUCCUUUCCUGGGAUCCUCUGCAUCGUCCUGGGGGCCCUUCUCUUCCUGGUACUUAUUGUCCUCGGCACUCAGCUGCACAGACGGAAAGCAGAGCACCAAGCCUUAUCCACUUUUGAAAAUGCUUUUGAAGAGGCCUUGUACCAAGAGAUAGAUGACUUCAUAAAGCCAGUGGAAAAGGACCUAUUGGACAGUACAGAACCUCCGGGACAGCAUGUUGAUGCUUCAAGACAUGGUUAUGAUGAUGUGGAAGAGUUACCUGUUCCUGAAACUCCUUCUUCCCCUGAGAUGAGUGAGCAGCAUUUUUGCCCGGAGGAGGGGGAUGAAGCCAGGUAUUCCCAGACAGGGGUCUCUCUCCAGCCUGCUAGGGAAGCUGCCAGCUCCAGCAUGGGAGAUGGGAUCCUCAUUGGUCCUGCGGCAAGAAGUCCUGGAUAUGAUGACGUUGAGUUUAGCACCACAUAGUGCCAUUUUUGGAGCGGCCACGUCUACACAAAGUUCCUACAUUAUCAUGUACCCCCCCCCCAAAAAAAAGAGAUAAUCCUAUAUUCUUCAUUAAUGCAAAGUUUUCCCAUGUACCUGUGAUGAAAGGAAAUUAUUCAUAAUAAAUGCUCUGAGCUUUGUGGACCUGGGCUGUUCUCUUAGCAAUCUGGAUUCAUCCACUGCCAGUGACUUUGGGGAAUUCAGUCUUUAGACUUCUCCCUUUCUAGGGGGC